AUGUUUGGAGCAUUUAGAUCCUCAUUAACAUUGAGUGGAGGGUAUUUGUGGAAGAAAGCUCCUAGAAUGUCUGUACCACAAAAGUAUAGAUUAAGACAACGAAUGAAACAAGUUGAUACCAAUAUAGAAAAUAUUUAUCAAUCAAUUAUUAAGACAAGUGAAAACUUAAAAGAUGGUGAUGCUACUGGAUUAAAAAGAAUUGAUUAUUUGAAGUUUGAAUUUCCAAAGGAAAAUGAAAUGACUCCUCGUGAUAAAUAUACUACUUUUAGUAAAAAUGAAAAGAAUUAUAGAAGAGAUGUUCAUUUAAUUCCAAAAUGGACUAAGAAAUCAUUCAGAGAAAAUCCAAAAUACUUUUAA